GGGGAGGGAAGAAGGAGGGGGGGGGGGCAAAGAAAAGAGUGACGAGGGGAAAGCGAUUUUAAUUUUUUUUUUUUAAAGGAAAGAUUUAAAGGGAAUUUGGAAAGGGGGAACAAAAUUAAAGGAGGGAAAAAAGUUUAAAAGUUUAAGGAAAGGAGGAAAAAACUUUGAAGAGAAAAAUUCAAGAGAAAGCUAGUUUUUAUUUUUAAUUUUUUUUUUAAGAGGAGGAAAAAAAUAAUUGAGGGAGAGAAAAAAAUAGUAAUUGCGAAGGGCUUGAUCCGGGAGAACAAUACUCGCCGGGAAAGUUGCUGCGCGGCGGGGAGGGAGCGGCGGGAGGAAAAUGCCGCAGCUGGGCAGCGGCGGCGGGGACGACCUGGGCGCCACGGACGAGAUGCUGGCCUUCAAGGACGAGGGCGAGCAGGAGGAGAAGAUACCCGAGAACGCCUUCACCGAGCGCGACCUGGCCGACCUCAAGUCCUCGCUGGUGAACGAGUCCGAAGGCAGCGGCAGCCCGGCCGCCGCCGCCGCCGAUCCCGAGGCCCUCCGGCGAGUGCAGGAUCCGCAGAGGGUGUACCAGGAGAAGCUCCCGGACCACAUGGAUGAUGGUAUGAAACAUCAGGACCCAGGGAUGUAUAAAGGAUCUGCCUAUUCUGGUUACCCUUUCCUGAUGCUCUCAGAUCCGUAUCUGCCCAAUGGAUCUAUGUCACCUCUGUCCAACAAAGUUCCCGUGGUGCAGCCGUCGCACGGAGUGCACCCGCUCACCCCGCUCAUCCCCUACAGCAAUGAGCACUUCAGCCACGGCUCCCACUCCCCCCACCUGCCUGCUGACAUCAACCAGAAACAAGGAGUGCACCGUCCUUCCCAGACCUCAGACAUCCCUGGUUUCUACCCCCUGCCCCCCGGAGGAGUGGGGCAGAUCACGCCGUCGAUGGGAUGGUUCACUCACCCGCUGAUGCUGGGCUCUGGCAUGCACACCACCGGCAUCCCGCACCCCGCCAUCGUGCCCCACUCUGGCAAGCAAGAGAUGGAGCACUACGACCGAAACAUGAAACCUCAACCAGAACCAAAGAGAGAGAAGGAAGCCAAGAAGCCCACUAUUAAGAAGCCCCUGAACGCUUUCAUGUUGUAUAUGAAAGAAAUGCGGGCGAAAGUCAUCGCCGAGUGCACCCUGAAAGAGAGUGCUGCCAUCAACCAGAUCUUGGGCAGGAGGUGGCACGCGCUGUCCCGGGAGGAACAAGCCAAGUACUACGAACUGGCUCGCAAGGAACGGCAGCUCCACAUGCAGCUCUACCCCGGCUGGUCUGCCAGAGACAACUACGGGAAGAAGAAGAGACGAACACGGGAAAAGCAGCAAGAUUCCAGCUCAGAUCCUGCCUCUCCUAAGAAAUGCAGAGCUCGCUUUGGCCUCAACCAACAAACGGACUGGUGCGGCCCGUGCAGGAGGAAAAAGAAGUGCAUUCGGUACCUACAAGGAGAAGGACGCUGUGCCAGCCCAGUUUCUUCCGAUGGAAGUGCUAUAGACUCCCCUCCAUCCCCACCGGACGCACUCCGAUGCGUCCCCUCCACCUUCCCGUCAGAGCAGCUCGCAGCCCCCGCCGACCCCGCGCACCGCGACCAGCCCGACCCCUGCCCCGUGUCCGCACACCUCCCGCCCGCCUCCGGCCCCUCCAGACCCGGCGCCCGGCGCUCCUCGGCGCCCGCCGCGCCCCCCGCCUACAGCCGCGCCUCCUCGGGGACAUAGUCCCUGCCAGCCGCUGGCCACACCGGGCACUCCGCUCGCCCACCUGGUUCCGCUGCCCGCGGACGAGGACCAGAGGCCCAGCCAAAUCCCCAUCUCACUGUAAAACAUGCAAAGUUUGGCGACAGGAUGACUUAAGGAUGAUGGAAAACUCACUUAGUUGGGGUUUUUUUGGAGGGGAGGGGUGAUAAAGAUAGAAAAGCAAUUUCAAAAAAAAGGGUAAAAAAUAAGUACUUGCCAAAAUUUAAAGUGCUGAUGAGUAAACAAGCCUUUUGUCCCUGCCCUGUGAUGCUUUUUUUUGUUUGUUUGUUUGUUUGGGGUUUUGUUUUGGUUUCUUUUUUGCUGCAUUAUCUUCAAGAGCAGAGCCACAUCCCCAGCUGGCUGCUGUAGGUGGUAGGUGCUGUCAGUCUAACCCUGGCUUCCACUCCCUGCCCUCAGAUCUCCCACAGCCAUUACACCAAGGAGCUGGAAAAGCUGGAAUAGGAGAAUUUUUUAAAAGCACAUAUGUCUGAAAAGGAAACAAAGCAAUGCCAGCAUUUUGAUCUGACCGGGUAAAAGAGAAAUUAAAUAUUUAAAGCAAUGAGGUGAAUUUUUUGAACUUCUUGUUUGAGAACAGGAAAAUGUUGUUUGCAGGUCACAUGUCUCUGUGCAGACAUGUCCCAUUCCAUGGUUGUACAGCAAUGCAGAGGAAAAGGGAGCACCAGCCAGGCAAAGGAGCAUGGACCAGCUGCUGGAAGGGCUGAUGGCUGCUCAGGGCAUCGGCCAGGUGCAGGGUCUGCCCUGCUGUUAGGAACUGUCCUCUGCAGAUGUGGAUGGUCAGAAAUCCCACCAGACAGACUGGCCAAAGCCAGAAAUCAGUCCUGUUGCUUUUGUAGGCUCUGAUGGAGCUCUGCACCUCCACAGCAGUGAGCAGGGCAGGGCAUGUGGGGAGCCAGCAGCCCCGGCAGGCUGGCCAAUGGCCCAGGGUCACACUGGCCCAGGGCAGAGGACCCCGCUGGCCCAGCAGGUCCUUUGGGGGAGGUGUGAGCUCUCCUGUGGCAGGGCAGUGUGGCCGCAGAGCAGCGUAGCAGAAGAGCAGCACUCACUGCCCUGCUCUGUAGGCAUCUGUCUGUACAUACCCUUGGCGAGAUAAGAACCCUCUUUGUCAUGAUUCAUUGAAGAACUUUUUAAAAAACCUUAUUCUAGCUUUUUCUAAAAGACUCUCCCUCCACCCCAAUGACAAUGCCAAUGUUCAUGUAUUCUCUCCAGCUUUAAAAUGUUUACCAGUUUCCGGUAUUGUAUUUAUAUUUUGAGUUUGAUAAACAAAAAACAAUGUGGAUGGAUUAUGAACUGAUGUAAAUCCCAAAUAAUUCCAAGUUCUGGAUUUACUUCAAGUUUACAGUCUUCUCAGAGACCACAGUCUAGUCCAGUGCAGACUUUUUUCCUGUUUGAAAGAAAUCUAUUCCAGACUGCUGAAGAGAAAAAUGACACCACACAAAGGUAGAGGGGGCACUAUUUUUUUCCUACUUGAUAGAUGGGUUUUGGAGUACUGAAUACAAAUUAUGUAGUAAUAUUAUUGUAGAACUGCAAGAAAUUUAAGAUGACCUUUAUAAUGUACAAACUAUUUUUAUAUUUUUUUCUUAAUGCAAAAACACAAACCGUAAUUUUUUACAUUGGAUUAAAUGUAACUUUUUAACCAAGUUUAUGCCUCAAAGAUUUAAAAAUUAAAAAAAAAAAAAGCCAAACCUAACUAGUCUAUAGAGCAGCUUUUGGUUUAGUCCCUUUAUUUAGAUGGUUUUGCUUCUAGUAGUGUAGAUUUUUUAUUUCUGGUUUUAGUUUUGAAGAUCGAAACCUACUUCUUUAUUCCUCUCCUGUAUAAACGUAACUUCAGAAGCACUGACAGAAAGCUAUGUGCACGAACCUGACAAGUUUGCAAAGAAUCAUAUUAAAGUUUGGAUCAUUUUAACCCUUGGAGAAGUAGCAUUACCUGAUCCAAUGCCAACUGUACACCUUUGUACUGACUGCACUCAGAGGGUUAAUUACAUAGCACUAGAUCAAUGUGCAAUCUGCUCAUUUUAAAUUAUUUUAGCAAGCUUAGCCAACAGCAUGUUCUGGUGCUGAACCGAGGAACUCAGUAGACUUGCCAGACCUGAUAUGGUCUCUUUAAUCAUAUGAUUUUCAAACAACAAAAAAAAAAAAAAAAACAGCUUUAAAAAUGGUUGUUUCUCAGCUCAUCAUUUGUCACUCUGAGACCCUCUGCUGUAAGGUGCUGUAAGUGUCACCUCCUGGAAACACCAGAGAUGACAGACCAGCCACCACAGCAUGGUGUACGCCAUCCUGGGUGUAAGGCUGAUGUAAUUCAACAUCCAACUGCUAUGGCAUGUUGAAUGACAGAUGGAACCUAGCAGCAAAGCAAAGGCAGGUAGAAAAGAAAAGGCAGAUGUGUCUAAAUAACACCAGAGGAAGUUAUUUAGUGCCAGAGGAAGGCACCCAGACCAGCCCUCGUUCAUUUCACACCCUAGGACUUUGACCCACUUAUUUCAAAGCUCCUCUGGCCCCUCCAUGGUGUCAAGUCCCUGCCUCGACCAGCAAAAGGCUCAUCUGCAUUACAGCCUCCUCUCACCAUUGUUAUUCCAACUGAUUCCUGCCAAAGCUCCUUAGUGACAACUAACACCCCCUCUGCAGGAGCCCUUGCCUGUGCCCUCGUGGCACAGAAGCAUUUUCAAAGCCCCAGAGCUGGAGCAGUCACACCCAUAGCAUUGUCUGCUCUGCUCUAUACAUACAGGCCAGACCUUACCCUGUGCUUCCAGCUGCUGCAGGAUAUCCUCAGAAUACCCACUUGUGUUAUACUGCACUCAGUUUAUACUGGGUAACUGAGAAAAUGUCAUUAUUUUUAUUCCAAAACACAGGAAAGAUACUGUUUGGCCACCCCUUCCCAAGGCAAAACAACAUGACUAACUUCUGUUCCAUGGUCCUACGGCUGAUAACCAAUGACAAAACAAAGUUAUUAAUACCAAAAAAAUUGUCUUUCAAACUGCCAUAUGAAAUGUUGCUAUUUUGUGUUAAUACUCUUUUUUAAUAAAAGGAAGACUUUGCCCUGAAGUUUUUAUCUCAACAAGAAUUUUUUUCAAGUUAUUUUACAGCAGUUUUAACUCUUCCUGAAAUAUGUAUUUGAAUUCCUGGAAUCAGUCUGAAUGUAGAAGUCAUGGAAGUACCACUUCAUUAAAACAAGUAAAACCACUGUACGUAUGUAGCAGGGAUAAAUGUUUUGCAGCUGUACCUUCAUUUGUCCAGUGACUAUCCAUCAUUUGUUGUAAUUUUUUUACUUCACUGAGUUUGUAUUUUUUGGCUUUUAUGUUCAAAGUAUGUUUAUAGCUUUAUAAAUAAAGUAAUUGCCAGACUGGCUGUUCAAAAGAGGCCACUGGAAGUUAUAA